CAUGAAAUGCUAUAUCACAAAUCAGUUGUUUGGCGUAAGCGGUAAAGAGUUUAGUUUUUAAGGUUAGGAUGUCUAAAUAUCUCAAAAUGUUUAGUUCAACUGGAAUUUUCGCUAAUAAUUUAUUUAUAAAUAUUAUGACUACUCUGAUAUGUUUUUAUUAUUAUGGAACGUUAGUAUUGGCUGAAACAUUUCCAGAAGAAAAAUUAGCUGAAAAAUCAGAUCUCACUGGAACAACAAUGGUUUAUCAAGAUCCUGAGCCUACAAUUAUUAAGACGAGUAACCUAGGCUUUUUACAUGCCUUUGUAGCUUCUCUUUCUGUUAUUGUAGUUUCUGAAUUAGGAGAUAAAACAUUUUUUAUAGCUGCAAUUAUGGCAAUGAGGCAUCCACGGUUAAUAGUUUUUAGCGGUGCUAUUUCAGCUCUUGCUGCAAUGACAAUACUUUCAGUAAUAUUUGGCUAUGCUGCAACGAUCAUUCCCAGAGCUUACACUUAUUAUAUUUCCACUGCUUUGUUUGCACUUUUUGGUCUAAAGAUGUUGAGAGAUGGUUAUUAUAUGAGUGCAACAGAGGGACAAGAAGAAUUAGAAGAAGUACAGUCGGAUUUGCGAAAACGAGAAGAUGAGCUUGAGAAAGAAGCUAUUACAACUACAGUUCAAGAUCCUGAAGCAGGAGUUUCUAAGAAAACAUCGAAAGCCAAUCCUUGGAUGUUUUUAUCAAGGAUUUUUUUACAAGCAUUCACAUUAACUUUUCUAGCUGAAUGGGGUGACAGGUCUCAACUUACGACAAUUAUUCUUGCAGCUAGAGAAGAUGUAUAUGGUGUAAUUGUUGGGGGAGUUCUUGGUCACUCAUUUUGCACGGGUUUAGCAGUUUUAGGUGGACGGAUGAUAGCUCAAAGGAUAUCUGUUAGAACCGUUACCAUAAUUGGUGGAUUGGUCUUCCUGCUUUUUGCAUUAACUGCACUUUUUAUUGAUCCAACUGAGAGUACGUAAAAAAGGUUGGCAUCAGUAAAUAAUGGAUACAAAAUGUACUUUCGUAGGUCUAAAAAAACUGUGAAAACUAUCAUGAAUUGUAUAUAGUAAGAUGCUAUUUUUUAGUAUUAAAUAUUUCCAGUUGUUGAGAUUAAGUAUUGCUGUAAACUACUGGUAUCAUGUAUUUCUAUUUUUUAUAUAAAUUUUAAUAGAAUUUAUUAUUGUAAAAUUACUGAUUUAAACAUGUGAAAUGAAUUGUCAAUAUCAUUUAAUGGCACAUUCACUUAUAACUACUACGAAUGUAUUAUAACAUUCGAGUACCUGAAUACACUAUUUUUUUUUUAAUAAGUACAUUUGUCUUGAAAUAUAAAUAAUAUUAUUAAUGAUGAUAAUUCAGUAUUGUGAUGUUGACUAUUAGUUACAACAAUCCAUACGAGAAAUAAUUUUAUAAAUAUAUCCAAAGUUAUUAUUGACUUUUAUUUGAGUGAGUUUAAAAGGAAUGUUUGAUAUGAAUACUAUUUUUAAUUUAAAUCAAAUUGUAAUAUAUAACAGGGUACUAUUUUUGUCUUAUAAUUGAAAAUUAUUAGAAAUAUAUGCAUUGAUAAUUUUAUAUUAUGUACGAUAGGAGAAUAAAUUCAAAAUGUAAUACCUUUCAGUAAAUAAUCCAUGUAUUUAAUUAUUUGAAUAAAGAGAGUGGUACAUUUUAAAAGUACUAACUGUUUCAUAUAAUUAA